UUAACUAUUUUUCCGUUUUAUUUAACAGUAGAGUCUACAACAAAGAGCAAUACCGGUACAGUAAAUAGUUGUUCUACUCUUUGGUCUACCAUCACAAGAUUCAAGAUAAAACAAGUUUUUGAAAAAAACUUAUUGUUAUUUGUUGAUUUUACAAUGUUGAUUAAUGAACUUCCAGAUGAUUGUUUGCUCACCAUUUUUGAUUAUUUGAAUAACUUGGAAGAUUUAGCAAACUGCUAUAAAGUGUGUAUAAAAUGGAGCCAUUUAAUCGCUGAGCGAACGAGGAAAGUUAAAUAUUUGAUGGAAUUUCCAGAGAAUCCUGAUUAUUCAUCUGAUUCUGUUUAUUAUCAAGGACUAGAUUUGAGCACUAGACGUGAAACCUUGCUGAAUACAUUAUUUCCAAAUUUAAUAAUUUUGCACAAUUCAAAUUUAUUUAAUUCAAAUUUUCUUCAUAGUACACUUGAAUUCUUAAAGGGAGUAGGAGAUCUUGAAAAUAACGCAGAAGAUCUUGCAAAUGAAGCAAAAGAUCUUGAAAAAAUUCUACAAUGUUUCAGAGAUCUUAAAUCUUUGAAAGGAAUAAUCAAUUGCUGUGAUUUGUCAAUAGAAAAAUAUUGUGAUAAUCUCGAAAUGCUAUCCGUCUCGAAUUUCAAGCCAGAUAUCCUACAAAAUGGUUACAAUAUCAAGCAAUUGCACCCUUGGUAUUAUUAUCCGGAUUUCGAAACAGUUUUACAUCAUUUCCCGAAUCUUGAAAGACUACAUAUUCGUACCAUUGAUAGUCAAUACAAAGGUCCAGUACUUGAAAAGCUUAAAAUACUUGAACUGGAAGUUUUAUCAGUUGAUAUUUGUUACGCUUUCCAGCUCAUUAAUUCAUGUCCAAAUUUACAAAGUGCACAUCUUUACGUGGAUAAUGAUCGCUUUUUUGUUGAUGAAACAUUGAAACACGAGUGUUUGCAAGAUUUAGUUAUAGAUUAUCAUGGUGGUUCCUGUCGUGACUGCAACGAUUUAAUAAGAGCGUUGAUCAGAUAUCCGAACCUCAAGCAUCUUUCGUUGAGGAACAUACGUUUUAUAAAAAAUCCAUCUAUCGAAAAAUUGGUUCACAUUUUACCUAAUCUAGUUCUAUUUGAUGUUUCUAGAUGUAAAAAAGUGACUCAAAAAGCUGCUGAUUAUGUUCAAGACUAUUGUAAAAGAUAUGGACGAUCACUCAAGUUUUACUUCAAAGGAAAUCGCGAUGAACUCGCGUCAGAUUGGCCUCAGCUGUCCACUAAACGAGAAAUAAUUAGUCGAAACUUUGAUUUCAUGAAACAUUGUUUUCGCAAACGUUUUGAUGAUCUUCCAUGUUUCUUGGUUCCUAUUUAACAUUGAAAAUACAUAUUUACCGAUACAUUUGUUACUCUUCGGCUGCGGAAGCCCAUUUGAAGUGUUUGCAUUCAAUCUCUUUCUUGUAAAUAAAGAAACCUACCAGAUAAUGACAUUAACUGAAAAUAGCUUAUUCUCACUAUUAAAUUUCAUUAUUUUAAAAUCGA